GAUAAUCCGGACAAGGGCUGUGCCAUUACGGUCUACUUUUUUGGCCUCGCCAUGUGGACUCUGAUGAAACUUGCCCAUGACUGGGCUUUGCUGGCAGAUGUAGCAGAAGACUUUACACUAGUGAUCGGGGUGCUUUCAUGGGCUUUUCAGUUGCUGGCAUCCUUUGCAGCCUUAUACUGGGCAGCUGCUGUGACCGACGUCUUUGUCUCCAGAGUGCCUGAAGGUAAUGGUGCUUGCUAUUACCAACUGCAGCCUUUCGCAACUUUGACGGCCUUGGGUGCGGCGCUUUUGCUGCUAUACUUUAGUCAUGUGAAGAUGAACAACUUGGUCCUAUCCCUUGUGAACUACUAUUGCAACAUAUUCAACAUGCCAUACGGGGCAGUUAAGGGCAUAGCUGCGUCGCAGCCUUUGCUGACCAAAGGAUUGCAUGGAGAUUCCGAUGUUCUACCUUCGCCAUAUCAGCAGCUUGAAUUUCGAAACCGGAAGCGGCUGUGCAUUUUCGCCAGAAGUAUUUUUUUUUUGUUUUGGUUGUUGUUGUUUGGGCUAACUCUUCCGUUCGACUUCUUUGGGAACCUCUUCCUGCGAGUGACAGAACUGGCUGUCAGCCAAGCUUGGUCUUUGGCCCCCGUGGUGUUCCUCAAACUUGCCACUCUGCUGGCAGCUGCUGCGACUCCGGUCAUUGGUGGCGCUUUGGCAGCUUCUAUGCUCGUUACUGUGAUAAAGGAGGCUCUUGAAGACUGGCGCAGUCUUCGGGCCAUUGACAAGCUCACAGUAUCUGCUCAACUUCUCCUUUCUACUGCAUUGCUUCUGUUGGCGUUGAGCACCUCUGGUGGGGCCUGGAACAUAACUCAGGCAGUUGUUUUUCAUCGAGGAGCUGAUGGCUUGCAGCAGCAUUGGGAAUGGUACCAUCAUGGCAAAGCAAUCAUGUACUAUGUUUUUUCUUGCAUUCGGUAUGGUAGCCGAUGAGUAUGACCGCUGAAAUGGCGGCAUGACAGGCAGCAAUGGUGGGCAUGGUGCCUGUACAGUUCCAAAGCAAAGUGCAACAAUUUGGAAAGUAUCAUUCCACAUGUCCCUCACGUUUGACUUUCAUAUGGACCAGACGCACUGCGUGUGUGGAAAACUGUGUGCCUGAGGAAGAAAA